AUGGGGGCGUCUGACGACGACGACCACAAGAAGCGCAGUAUCAAUGAGAUGUUUGGCGACGAGGACUCGGAGGACUCUGGCGACGAACAGAUACCUCGUCCUGCGGCCUCGACUACAGCAGAUGCCUCGGGAUUGUUUGGCUCGGACUCGGACAGCGGCGACGAGGAAGAGAAGCCAACGAAACGUCCCUUGCCACCGUCUGUCAAACGCGUCAAAAAGUCUCGUGACGACGAUGGAAGUCGCACCCAGCGCGAUGAAGGCGAUGAGUACGACUCUGGAGAAGACGCUGUGACUACUAAGGACGAUGAGGACUUUAUUGAUCGGGACGACGAUCUGGCAGAUGUGCUGGGCGAGUACGCCGAGGACCGUCAGCAGUUCGAUGACGAGCGUCCGAUGGAGGAACGGGAGCCGACGCAAGAGCAGAAAGAUGACUUUUUUGACCGAACACUCAAAUCUCUCAAGACCGGACGCGCUCGGACGAAGUUGAACUUGUUACCGCAGGAGAUGGAGCAGAUUACACAGGAAGUGCUCUACCGAAUGGACAAAGCCUAUGCAGACGACUUAGCGAGUAUUGCAGAACGUCGUGUAGCGCUAGAAAAGAUCAAGUUUGUCGACAGCGCCCUCCAUAUCCUGCGCAAGAUACAGUUUCAGCCCAUGUUGUUGGACUUCGAUCUGCUGACGAUUGUGAAGAAAUGGAUCCAGCCUUUUGAGGACGGCACGCUGCCGAAUGUCGGCUUACGUACGAAGAUGCUUGACAUGGUCAGCAAAAUGCCAGUUUUCAAGGAGCAUCUCAAGCGCAGUGGACUCGGAAAGGUUGUGAUGCUGUUGAUGAAACACCCACAGGAGACGCCUGAGAACAAGGAGCUGUGCCGCAGUCUCGUUGAACGCUGGAGCCGCGCGGUCUUCAACAAGACUCUAGAUUUCUCGAAGCUUGCUGAGCUAGAAGCCGAGAAGGCUGAGAACGAGGCUUAUCGCCGUCGUGGACGCCUGCGUAGACAGAAGCAGUCAAAGAGCAAAGGCCGCUCCACUGACCGGGGAAGCAAUGUGUUCAACGCCCGUGGUGCCGACAGCGGUACCAAGACUGAAGCGUCAGAGCGUGCAGAGUUGCCAGAACAGCUUCACAUUGAUUUUCUGCUCCGCCCUCAGUCCAAGGUGGACAUGAAUGCCGUGCAGUCGAAGAAAGUGGACUCAGAUUCUCGCAAGGCGCGCUUGACGAAGCGCAUGCAAGAAAUCGCUAAGCCUGGAAAAAAGACCAAACGCGCUACAGGUGUAAGCAUCGAGGGCAGAUGA